GGGAUGGAGCGGCCGCUGCUCGUGCUCUGCCUCACGGCCUGUGUCCUGACCCCCGGCGGCCGCGGAGCUCCGGGGCGGGUGGCACAGAAGCUGCUCCGAGACCUCUUCGCCAACUACUGCAGCUCCCUGCGGCCCGUGGAGGACACGGAGCGAGCGCUCAAUGUCAGCCUGCAGGUCACCCUGUCCCACAUCAUCGACAUGGACGAGAGGAACCAGGUCCUCACCUCGUACCUGUGGGUGCGCCAGGCCUGGCUGGAUGCUCACCUCACAUGGGACAAGGAUGCCUAUGGUGGCAUCGACAGCAUCCGCAUCCCCAGCAGCUACGUGUGGCGCCCGGACAUCAUCCUAUACAACAACGCCGACGACCGGUUCGGCGGCUCCAUGGAGACCAACGUGGUGCUGCGCUCGGACGGGCUCAUCAUGUGGGACGCGCCUGCCAUCACCAAGAGCUCCUGCAGGGUGGACGUGUCCUACUUCCCGUUCGACGGGCAGCGCUGCCCCCUCACGUUCGGCUCCUGGACCCACAACGGGAACCAGAUCGACCUCCGCAACCGGAUGGACACCGGAGACCUGACGGACUUCGUGCCCAACGUGGAGUGGGAGGUGCUGGGGAUGCCGGCGACCAGGAACGUGGUGACCUACGGCUGCUGCUCCGAGCCCUACCCCGACGUCACCUACACCCUGGUGCUGCGGCGCAGAGCCUCCUUCUACAUCUACAACCUGCUCCUGCCCUGCCUCAUGGUGUCCUUCCUGGCCCCGCUCAGCUUCUACCUGCCGGCGGACUCGGGGGAGAAGGUGUCGCUGGGGGUGACGGUGCUGCUGGCGCUGACUGUGUUCCAGCUGCUGGUGGCUGAGAGUAUGCCCCCGUCUGAGAGUGUGCCCCUCAUAGGUAAGUACUACAUUGCCACCAUGACAAUGAUGGCAGCGUCCACGGCACUCACCAUCUUCAUCAUGAACGUUCACCACUGUGGGCCGGGGCCGCGGCCGGUGCCACGCUGGGCUCAGCGCCUCAUCCUGCGGCACCUGGCGCGGCUGUUACCGGUGCCGGUGGAUGGGGAUGGAGGCACCGGCACCGGGCACGGCACACGGCAGGUACCGGUACCGGUGGAUGGGGAUGGAGGCACCGGCACCGGACCCUGCCCUCGGCGGCGCUGCCUGUGCCACCACCGCCUGCUCCUGCAGCACGUGGCAUACAUCACCGCGUGCUUCCGGCGGCACCGCGCGGCACAGAGGCGCGGAGGGGACUGGAAGAGGGUGGCCAAGGUCCUGGACCGGUUCUUCAUGGGGGUCUUCUUCCUCAUGCUGCUCCUCAUGAGCCUGCUGGUGCUGGGCAGAGCAGCCUGA